UUGUUUCUCGUUUAAAUAUAAAAAUUCUAUACAAGUUUAAAUAGGAGUUCGGAAUCUAUUUUUGUUCCUGGUUUUGACAUACUAGAAUCUAAAAUGGUUUGGCUGAACAAACUUUUGUUAUUUGCCAUGUACGACAAUCCUAGUCAAAUUGGACUGAAUCCAGUUGAAUCUGACUGGACUGGAUUGAUCCUAACUGCGUCCAAAUUGGACUGAAUCCAAUUAGUUUCAAUUUGGCUUGAUUCUUUUUAGCCUAGGGACUAUACGUAACUUCUACAAUUUAGUCAAACUUAGCCGUAAGUCAGCCAUAGCAUAUUCAUUUUAAGGUCAAUAAAGAUGAUUUAAAAGGUAUUGGUUUUCUUUUGAAGCCUAGAACUAAGUUUUGUGACUGUAGAUCAGUUUAAUUAAUUAUUUUUUGUUUAUACUUUUCUUUUCAUUGCAAGAUUUUAAGUACUGAUUGGCACGGAUUGUGCGUACCUUGCUGUACCAUGCCAACAAGAUAUCGGCAUGAUACGACCUCCAUGCCGAUGGCACGGCUCAACAUCAUAUUUUCGGUGGAAUAAGCAAGUAGUUAUUUUACUUAAAUUCAACAUAUUUGAUAAAAAUAUAUAACAAGUAAUUAGAAUGUACUGGUACCAAAAUAAAUAAAUAUUUCAUGUCAUAGUGUGUUAUACAAGUAUUUUUUGUGACCGGCGCACAGCAUGCGCUGUGUCGGCAAGUUCUUGGCACGACCCCAUGCCACAACACUUAAAUCCUUGCUUUUGUUCAACUGUGUUUUUCACUCAUUACAUAGUACAUAGAUAGUCUAUUAUAUUUGUUUUUUAUUGAUGCAUACUAUAGUUAUUUCAAACGUGCCAUUUAUUAUCAAGGGAUGCAUUAUAUAUUAUUGGAGGGAUCCUAUUGUUGGGAUGUUGCUUAUUAGAUUGGUAUCAUGCUACAGCCUUUUGUGGCUGGAUGUGAAUGACACGCUGAAACGUUUCUUUCUACUUGAAUUUUGUAGUGGAAAGUUGUUUUUCAUCUUAUUGAGUGUUUCCUAUUGAGCUGAAAUUUCUGACCGUUCUGCUAUUACUAUUUUUGUUGGAGAAUCAUCAUACUUGAGCAUGGGAGUUUUUGCUGACAAUUUUUGGGGACAGAGCAUUUUGGACCUGGUGGAGAUCAGAUGUUUAGCAGUACCUAUGAACUACGAAGAUUUCUGCCACAUUGCAUCGGUGUGCACGGAGCAGAUUGGACCAAAAUGUCGGCGUUUUUUCAGCCCCUCAAAUUUUAUGAAGUUUGAGAAGGAUGAAUCUGGAAGAAUAGCUAUACUACCAUUCUACCUCUAUGUUAUGAGAACAGUUUCUCUUACCCAAGCAAGAAUUGAUAUGAGCGAGCUGGAUGAGGAUUCUGAUGGCUUCCUUCAACCUCAUGAAAUGGAAGCAUAUAUAAGAGGCCUUAUUCCUAAUUUGGCUCAACUUCGUGAUAUGCCACAAGCAUUUGUUCAGAUGUAUUGUCGAAUAGCUGCACACAAGUUCUUUUUCUUUUGCGACCCUCAUAGGCGAGGGAAGGCAUGCAUAAAGAAAGUAUUGCUUAGCAACUGUCUCCAGGAGUUGAUGGAACUACACCAGGAAAGUGAGGAAGAAGUCACUGAUACUGAGCAGGCGGAGAACUGGUUUUCUUUGACGUCUGCCCAACGUAUAUGUGAUAUGUUUCUUGCUCUAGAUAAAGAUACGAAUGGGACAUUGAGCAAGCAAGAGCUUAAAGAAUAUGCAGAUGGCACAUUGACUGAGAUAUUCAUCGAGAGAGUUUUUGAUGAGCAUGUAAGGCGGAGUAAAGUAGGAGGUGGGAAUUCUCGUGAGAUGGACUUUGAAAGCUUUCUUGACUUUGUGUUGGCCCUGGAAAACAAGGACACUCCUGAAGGAUUGACAUACUUAUUCAGAUCUCUUGAUCUCCAAGGAAGGGGUUAUCUUACUACAGCUGAUAUUCAUACCCUUUUUAGGGACGUACAUCAGAAAUGGAUCGAGGGAGGGAAUUACGAGCUCUGCAUCGAAGACGUAAGAGACGAGAUAUGGGACAUGGUCAAGCCGGCCGACCCCCUGAGGAUCACGCUCAGCGAUCUUCUGUCCUGCAAGCAGGGCGGGACCAUCGCCAGCAUGCUGAUAGAUGUGCGCGGCUUCUGGGCCCACGACAACCGAGAGAACCUCCUUCAAGAGGAGGAAGAACCGGUGGAGGAGUGAGCGGUUUCUCUUGGGUUCCCUGAUCUUCUGAUACGUCAUACGUGAACAGAAUGAGCUGGUGGUUUGUUGUGGGCAUGGCAUCAGUUUGUUUGGACUUUUCCGUUGGAGCUGCUAAUUGUGAUUAUAUGUAAAACUGAAUUAUUUCUGCUGUGCAUUUUCCCUGCAGUGAAGUGAAUGACUUGAUUGCGAAAGGACAUCUUAAUUUCCUCUCAGCUGGAUUUCAAUCCAGCUACAUGGAAGUGUGAGCUCCUUCCUUGUACAUGUCAAUGAAGCUGUUUGUUGUCAGAGUUUGUUGAGAUUUCAGGGAAUCUUUUUAACUGAUCUCGAGCAUCUAUAGCUUGGGGUGCAGGCAGCAGUGCUGGUUAAUAACUGAUCUUGAUCACAGUGCCAUUUAAGUAGAUUCUUA